CGAUGGCGUUGCAUCGAAGCGUAAUGAGAGAUGGUGGGGGAGCAAAGAAAGCGAUAAUCGAACUGAUUCUCAAAGUCGUGACCUUCAAGUAAUCUUAACUAGAUCUUUUCAUAAGAAGAAGCUAAAGCUAAAGUCGAAGUAGAAAGAAGGAAGUCAACGACGAUGAAGCUCUCCGCUCUGCAUCAGAGCUACUUAAACCGCCGCAACAACAACAGCUUCAGAUCUCCGUUAGAUUCCUCCGUAGACGCCUCCGGGAAGUCACUCCUCGCCGUCUUCUGGCUCAUCCUCCACUGCCUCUGCUGCUUGAUUAGCUUACUCCUCGGCUUCAGAUUCUCCAGAUUAGUCUUCUUCUUCCUCAUCUCCACUCCCUCCAAUAACAACCUCUUCUCCUCUCCUCCCUUCCGCCCCGACUUGCCACCGCCACGAUCUAACUCCACGGCGACUGCGACGGAGGUGAAGAGCUCGAGCUCGCGCGUGGUGGUGGGGAGACACGGGAUCUUAAUCAGGCCAUGGCCGCAUCCGGAUCCGGUGGAGGUGAUGAAGGCGCAUCGGAUCAUCGAGAGGGUGCAGAAGGAGCAGAAGGCUGUGUUCGGAAGUAGCAGCGGCGCGAAGAGGACGGUGAUCGCCGUGACGCCGACUUACGUCAGGACUUUCCAGAAGCUGCAUCUGACGGGGGUGAUGCAUUCGCUGAUGCUUGUGCCAUACGACGUCGUUUGGAUCGUUGUGGAAGCUGGUGGUGUGAGUAACGAGACGGCUUCGAUUAUCGCCAAGUCAGGUGUGAGGACGAUUCACGUGGGGUUUGAUCAGAGGAUGCCUAAUACUUGGGAUGAUCGUGCUAAACUUGAGGUCUUGAUGCGACUUCAAGCUUUGAGAGUUGUGAAGGAGGAGAAGCUUGAUGGGGUAGUGAUGUUUGCGGAUGAUAGUAACAUGCAUAGUAUGGAGUUUUUCGAUGAGAUUCAGAAUGUUAAGUGGUUUGGUGCUCUUUCCGUUGGGAUCUUAGCGCAUUCCGGUAAUGCUGAAGAGAUGGUUAUGAUGUCGAUGGAUAAGAGAAGAAAGGUGGAGGAGGCGGAGGGAGAGGAAGAGAGGUCUUCUUCGUUGCCAGUUCAAGGUCCCGCGUGUAACGCGACGACGGAUAAGUUGAUUGGUUGGCAUGUUUUCAACACGUUGCCUUACGCGGGGAAGAGUGCGGUUUACAUAGACGAUGUGGCUGCGGUUUUGCCGCAGAAGCUGGAGUGGUGUGGGUUUGUGUUGAACUCGAGGAUGCUUUGGGAUGACGCUGAGAGUAAGCCGGAGUGGGUUAAGGAGUUUGGUUUGUUGAAUGAGAACGAUGGUGUGGAGAGUCCUUUGUCUCUGUUGAACGAUCCUUCCAUGGUGGAGCCUCUUGGAAGCUGUGGGAGACAGGUUCUCCUCUGGUGGCUUCGCGUUGAAGCACGCGCUGAUAGCAAGUUCCCUCCCGGAUGGAUAAUCGAUCCUCCGUUAGAAAUCACAGUGGCGGCUAAACGAACUCCAUGGCCAGAUGUUCCUCCCGAGCCACCUACUAAAAAGAAAGAUCAAAUGCCAUUAUCACAAGGCGACAAUGUGGUGGUGAUACCAAAGCAGCAGCAGCAACAACAACGUUCUAGCAAAGUCCGGAAACCGAAACGCAGAAGCAAGAGAAAUAAACACGAAGCUAAACCAACCGAUACGACAACACAAGUUUCUUCUUCCACUAAACAUCAUCAAGAAAGAAACUGAGGAAGAAUAGAGAUGAUUGACAAGAAGAAGAUCCUUUCUACUAUUUUAUUAUCAUUCAUUUGUUUGCCAAAGUGUUUUUUUUUUUAGAGAAACGUCAGAAGAGAUCAUCUUAUUCUCCUCCAGAUACCGCAAAUAUUAAGAAUCAACGGAGAAGAAGCAAGAAGCGGGAAUUAUCAGAUUUAUGAUGAUGGAGCUCCCACAACAAAAGGGUAUACGGGUUUUUCGGGGAAUGAAUGAUGAUCAUUCGUUUAUUUUCAUUAUCUUUUCUUUUCGGGUCUUAUAAGAACUUAUCUGUAUUUUAGUAACAAAGGAUUGCUUGUUUCAAUGUUCUUGAAGUGACAACAAAAGGCUUUAAGAAACAAAAAAAACUUUGGGUUGUAUAGUUUUUUAAUUUGUAAGCAUAUCUCUCGAUCCAUUUCUGUUUUAUCACUCCCAUUAAUUCGAAGCCUCUGAUUUAUCUUA